AUGAGUGAUUUUUUUAUGCCUAAUAGAAGUGAGAUUACCUAAUAAAAUUAAAGUGGACUGGACAGUUUAUAAGAUAUGUAUUUUCUUUUUUAUAUACAAUAAGUUUAAGUACUAGCUUUGGAAGAAUGCAAUAAAAUAAUUAAAGCUAUGGAGGAAGUUUUGUUCAUAAUUCUUGGUUUCUUAUUCAAUCAAAAUAAUAUAGUUCUUCAAUGGGUUUAGAAGAUUAUGCUGUACCAAUAUAAAUUUAUGAGGACUAAGAACCUUAAAUUUAAAAAGCAGACUUUUUUAGGAGUAGUGGAGAUUUUGAAAUGUAGUUUGAAGAAAUUGGAAAUGAGAGAUUGAAUAUUUAAGCAAAAAUAUUAGAAGAUUUAAAAGAACUCAAAAAUCCAUUAUAGAAUAAAAUAAUGAAGAAUAUUGAACCUUCAUUAAAAGAAUUUGAGAUAAAAAUAGGUAUUUAUUUUAGAUAGCCUUUAUUAUAGAAUCCGGAGUAUAAAUAAAUUAAAAAUUCAAACCAGAAAUAGAGUAGCUUGUUAAUCAAAAUAUUAUAUAAGAAAACAAAAAUCUUUUUAAUGUGAAUCAAUCAAAGAGUAUUUACGUAAACAAAAUUGCACAAUUAGUUGAGAAAACAUAAAAAAAAAUUGAUAUAGCUAAUAAAUCCUCAACAAAAUUAUCGUAAAUUAUUGAAAAUACUAUUUAUUAGGAAGAAUCAACAAAAAUUUUAGAGAAAAUCAUCAAUGAUUCAUAGAAAUUAAAAUGAUGUCACUUCAAAUGAAAUUUAAUCAAGUUAAAUAAGUCUUAGUGGAAACAUAAAUUUAGUCUAAUAAAAAUUGGCUAAGAAUAGAUAAUCUGCUAAAAAUUCAAGAGCAAGAAAGAAAAUAUAUUAUGAACUUUUAGAGGCAAAAGUCAAAGAGUUGCAAUAUGAAGUUGAAAGAUUAAAGGAAUCAAAUCAUAACGAGUCUUAAUAUUAUGAUAUUUGUAAUAAAACUCAAGUAAAAGUAUAUGUAUUAUCAAGAAAACUUAGUUUUAACUUUUCUUAGAUUAAGAAAAAUAAUUAUUUGAUAAAUUAGAAACUUGUUUACUUAAAAAUUAAGAUAAUUAUGAAAUUGCUAUCUUAUUAGAUGCUUUAAGAAAUAUAAUAAAGUCAAAUAGUCAAGAACGUAAUGAUGCUACUAAACAAUACUUUGAUUCUAUGAUUGAAGUAUGUUUACCUAUAUAAACUAAAUAUCUUAUUUAUUCCUUAGAUAAUGAUAAAGAUUUCUUUGCUCAAUCUACAGAGUAAUUUAUAUCAAUAAAUAAUAGAGAUUAUACUGAUUGGAUGAAAGAAACCUUUUAUAAAAUAUAAAUUUAACCAGAAUAAAUUUUAAAGGUUAAAAAAAUGAAAACUAAAUUACAGAGUGCCAGAAAUAAUAUAUCUGAGUAUUUAUUAAUCUUAUUCAGUUCAAUUCAAAAAAUUAAUGAUCAAUUAAAAUUAAUUCAAAGUGAAGCCAGUAAGGUUGAUUAAAUAUGGGAACAACUUAAAGAAUGUUUGACUCCUCUAUAAUUAAGUACUUGCAUUAUAGCAAUUAGAUAAGUAAAUAAUUAUUAUAUGUAUAGAAUUCUAUUCGUUAAGAACUUCAAACCUCUUCACUAUUUCUUUAAUUAAAAAAUUGUUAAAUGGUAUGAUAAAUAUAAUUAUACUAUUAGAGUGAAAAAAAUUAAAAUUAUUUAAAUCCAGAUUAAUCUCAUAUUCCUAACAAUAGAAAGCUUAUUAAAAAAUCUAUGUCAUGA